AUGGACUCCAACAACGCCGCCGCCGCUGCCGCCGCGACCGCGUCCGAGGGCCGGGGGCAGCUGCUCCAUGUCAUCAAGGCGACGGCCGAGUGCGUGCUCGUCGCGAGCCAGUUCGUGCUGUCGUGCAACGGCGUGAGGAACCUCGGCGCCUGUGGCUGCAGGCCUUCAUCGCCCUCUCUCGUACGCGGCGGUCGUCGCGCUCACGUUGUUCGCCAGGCGGCUGGAUGCGCGGGGGCAGCGGCUGCCUCUCCAGCACGGCAGGGAGCGGUGGCUGAAGCUCGCUGCUCGGGCACUGGCGUCCCUUGUCCUCAAUUUACUAAUCUUGCGUACGGACUCCCUGAUGGCUACCAUUUUGCUAUUUAA